UAUUUAUUUAGUCUCGUUCGUGACUCUGAACCGAUUGGGUGUGAUUCAUUGUGUGUCACCUGUAGGCGUUGUGUUCCGGUGCCAGCGUUAUAAAUCAAAACAAAUCCGAAAUGAUCAAUGGAAGUGUGGAAAGUGAAAGGAAUGGAUCGACCGCGGCAGCCACGGGAAAGGAGAAAGUCUCCGUCGAACAGGACGAAUUUGGACCCCGGGAAAACUAUCGCGUGAUAAAAAAUAUUGCGGUUCUGGGAUUUGCAUUCAUGAUCCACUUUACCGCCUUUCACGGUACGUCCAACCUGCAGAGUUCGGUGCACAGUGACGGAUCCGUCGGAGCUUACACCUUGGCUGCGAUUUACGGAUCAUUGAUUCUGUCGAACAUCUUUCUCCCGGUUAUCGUGAUCAGAUGGCUCGGGUGCAAAUGGACCAUCGUCGUUUCGUUCAUCGCCUAUAUGCCGUACAUCGCCGCACAGUUCUAUCCGCGUUUCUAUACCUUAAUUCCGGCUGGGCUGGCCGUUGGCUUCGGCGGAGGUCCCCUCUGGUGUGCCAAAUGUACGUACCUGUCAGUGAUUGCCGAGGCAUUCAGCAUCAUUAAGAAACGGAAAGUACAAGCCGAUUAUCUGAUCGUCAAGUUCUUCGGGCUAUUUUUUGUGUUCUACCAACUAGCUCAAGUGCUGGGCAAUUUGAUCUCGUUCUCGGUGCUCUCUUAUGGUGAUGAAGAGUCGCCAGCUCACAACAUCACGACGACGGUUAACAUCUCGGAAACAUGCGGUGCCAAUUAUUUGGCGCCGGUUGAUCGUCCACUGCAAGAAGACACCGGAGAAGUUUUUAACCGACCGGACACUGCCAAACUGAACAUUUUAACAGGAAUUUUUCUGGGUUGCAUGGCCCUCGCCAGUCUAUCGGUUGCGAUUGGAGUUGAUUCGAUGAAACGCUAUAACAUGAAUCGAACUGGCUCCGGUGUCGGGGUUUCAGGCAUUCGAAUGCUUGUCAUCACGGCCAAACAACUCACCAACAAGUACCAGAUUCUGCUUCUGCCAAUCACAAUGUUCAUCGGUGUCGAACAGGCGUUCAUUGCAGUCGAUUUUACUGCGUCAUUUGUGGCAUGUGGACUCGGCAUCAGUUAUAUUGGUUACGCAAUGAUCAGCUUCGGGCUAGCGAAUGCAUUUGCCGCCGCAGUGACUCCAUACAUCACGAAAGUGAUUGGCCGAUUUCCGAUGAUCCUCGCGACAGCAAUAUUCCACCUGGCUUUGAUUGUUUUCAUGUUGCUGUGGAAACCAACCGACCAGUACUGGGCCUACUCGAUCAUCGUCGCCUGCUGGGGACUUGCCGAUGGUAUCUGGUUAAUUCAAAUCAACGCUUUGAGCGGUAUUCUGUUCCCUGGUAACGAGGAGGCUGCGUUCAGCAAUUUCCGUCUGUGGGAGGCAACCGGUUCGGUGAUUAUGUACGCAACCAGUCCCGUUCUGUCGACCUUCACCAAACUGAUCUGCAUCGUGGUUGUCAUGUCAAUCGGAGCCGUUGGCUAUACCAGCAUCGAAGUGAUGGAGUAUCGAAUUAAAAAAGGUGCCGCGGGGAAACGAUUCGAAAUGAUACAGCAGGCAAGCUAGUGAUUUAAGCACGCAACGAUUUUAAUGUACAGUCGUAAACUUUAAAAUUAUUGUAGACUUUGAUUCAACAUCGCCCUAGUGUAUUUCACGGAAAAGAAAAAAAUAGUUUAAUAAAUUCACAAAAGCCAUGAUGUCGAUA